AUGCACGGUUUGACGUUAUUGAUAUACUUGAGCUUUGGCAUUUGCUUUAAGAGUAUUGCGGCCAAUUCGGAUCAAGUGUUGCUUGGAACUGGCAAGGACUCGAGCAUCUUGAACGUUGGUGGUACUCUGACGCGGACCAAUCCUACGGGGCUAAGGGUAUGGCAGUUUGACGAUAUCAAAACCACAGACGCAUUCGGCAACAUCUCAACGCCCUACAACGGUCUGAUAUUUGACGGCUUUUACGCCUUCGACCCGUCCGACGCCGGCCUAAAGGGGAUCAUUUGGCCUGGAGACACGAACUGUGCCGUGUCCAAACCGAACGCCUUGUACGGCACAAGGGACAAUUUCAAAUUGUUGAACUCUCGCACUCUCGGAGACAAGCACAUCCCUUCUGGUUCUGAGAGGAAGCCAUCAUUUCGACACACACAUGACAAAGGCACUUUUACGGUCCACGGCUUGAAGAUCAAGCCCCUGGAUCUUCCGCUUGGUUUUGUCACCGUUCAUCUGCAAGGCACUCGGCCGGACGCGACUUUGGCGUGGGAAGUGGAUUUUCCAGCCGGCUACCAUGAUGUGUUGGAUGUUCGACUACAGGAAUUCAGCGGGAGGGUUUGGCAUGGCCUGGAGAGAUUGGAGAUCUGGGCUGAUUUUCACUACAACGGUCUCGACAUGGAUUGGGAGUUUUGCGUUGAUGAUAUAGAUGUGGAAAUGGAGUAG